AUGCAGACUUUUGUUGAUCCUACUCAUUUUGGUAAUAUUGGUCGUUAUGUUAAUCACAGCUGUGAUCCGAACUGUUACAUAGUACCAGUAAGAAUCAACUCACCAAUUCCAAAGCUUGCUAUCUUUAGUCUUUGUGAUAUUUUACCUGAUCAAGAAAUAACAAUUGAUUAUGGGGCUAAUAAUUGCAAUUAUUUACAACAGGAAAUUAAUGAUGGUGAUUGUAAAAGAAAAAAAUGUUUAUGUAAUACUAACAAAUGCAAGGAGAGACCUUUUCUGUGGGGUAAGACCGAAGACAUCUAUAAAGACAAAAACUUAAAGUUAGCAGCAUGGCGUGAAGUAUGUUUAAUACUGAAACCAAACUUCGAUGAACUGGAUGAAAAAGAAAGAAAACAGUACGGAAAACAGGUUUCAACUAAAUUGAAUAAUAUACGAGAUUCGUGGCUUAAGACAGUAAAGAAACAAAAAGAUGAGUCUAAAUCUGGAUCUUCGACCAAAAAGACACGAAAUUAUUUGUAUCACGAGCAAUUAAUGUUUUUGAAAAAAGUCUCCGAACCUCGACCACCACAUGAGUCAGUUUCAAAAAAAGCAAGAACCGAGACUGAAGUAGGCAUGGAAUCAGAUUUUCGUUCACCUUUAGUUAAAGAUAAAAGAAAAAUUGAUAAUAAAGAGGUAAAUGACAGAAUGGUAAAGUUUUUGGACUCCAGAAUAAACCCAGAAAAGGAAAACCAUGUCUUUCUUCAAAGGCACUAUACCAAUCUUGAACACUUUAACUAUCGAAGAGACUUUAGAAUUUCAAGCUAG